GAAACAUCAGCAGCUACUGGAUACAUCUCGCGUACACACACUAACUGCGCAAUGUCUCUGACGAAUUACUUCGACCCAUUCUUCUCCCUGUCUGAGUUCGACCGCCUAUUCGACGAGGCGUUCGCAGCUCGGACUGGAGGUAACACCAACAACGGACAAGUUCAGCGCCGUGAGACUGGUAGCGGCUCACGUUCCCUGAGACCCAGGAUGGACGUUCACGAAGAUGCUCAGAAGAAUAUCGUAACUGCCACCUUCGAGCUCCCGGGCUUGAAGAAAGAGGAUGUACAGAUCGAUGUUCACAACAAUCAGCUGAGCAUUUCUGGAGAGAGCAAUAUUUCAGCCGACCGGGACGAGAACGGCUACGCCGUCAGGGAACGCCGGUACGGCAAGUUCUCUAGGAUACUGCCACUGCCUCGGGGUGUGAAGCCAGAGGACAUCAAGGCCUCCAUGGAGAACGGCGUUCUGACUGUUACAUUCCCGAAGACAACGCCUGAGAUGGCUCCCAAGAAGAUCACCAUUGCAUGAAGCUUCGUCUCGCCUUUUGAAUUGCAAUAUGUAGCAUACCCUUGAUGUAUCAUAUGUACUCCUGUGUACUCCUGUGUAUCAUUACUCUCAUUUUCGACUGUCCAGUCGUAAAUCCCAUAUCUGUUAACACGUACACAAGCCGAGACGUACUACAAUGUUACAGCUUCGUGAAUACAACCUCAAGGUCGUGCGGUAGUGUUAGAGCGAAUGGUGAAAAUGCAUUAUGCAGCCCAUCCUUGUGAAUGCUAUCAUCGGGCAAGGUCCACC